AAGUGCAAGCAACUGCACAAAAAAUAAAAGGAAUAUAUAGGAGCUUAUUUACAUCUGCUCCUCCUCAUUUUCUUACAUGGGAUCAAUGGAUUCUCCUCUCCUCCUCAACGGCGACAAGGGCGUCGAAGAGGAUGCGGAAGUAUCGCCGCAAUCGGCAGCGGAGGACGCGCCUGUGGUGCGGACGGCGGGGGAGGCGUGGCGAUUCUCAUANCCUAUCGCCUUCAACAUCAUAUGCCUCUACGGGACGAAUUCCACGACCCAGAUCUUCGUCGGCCACCUCGGCGACCUCGAGCUCUCCGCUGUCGCCAUCAGCCUCUCCGUCGUCUCCACCUUCUCCUUUGGCUUCCUCAUGGGCAUGGGGAGCGCGCUGGAGACGCUGUGCGGGCAGGCCUUCGGCGCCGGGCAGGUGGCGAUGCUCGGCGUGUACUUGCAACGUUCGUGGAUCAUCCUCCUCACCUCCGCGGCCCUCAUGUGCCCCAUCUACGUCUUCGCCACCCCGGCCCUCCGCCUCCUCGGCCAGGAAGAAGCCAUCGCCGUCGAGGCCGGCAAAUUCACCGUCAGCAUCAUCCCCCAGCUCUUCGCCAUCGCCGUCAACUUCCCCACCCAGAAGUUCCUCCAGGCCCAGAGCAAGGUCAUGUUCCUGGCCUGGAUCGGUUUCGCCACGCUCGUCGCCCACGUCGCCAUGCUCGAGCUCUUCAUCUUCGUCUUCGGCUGGGGCCUCGCCGGGGCCGCCGUCGCGUAUAAUCUGUCGGCGUGGAUGGUGGCGGUUGCGCAGGUGACUUACGUGGUGGGGUGGUGUAAGGACGGAUGGAGGGGGUUGUCGUCGGCGGCGUUCAGGGAGCUGUGGGCGUUCGUGAAGUUGUCGUUCGCUUCCGCCAUAAUGCUGUGCCUCGAGAUUUGGUACAUGAUGGUGCUCGUCUUGCUUACCGGACACCUCAACAACGCCGAGAUCGCCGUCGACUCCAUCUCUAUCUGCAUGAGCAUAAACGGUUGGGAAGGCAUGCUAUUCAUUGGAAUCAAUGCUGCUAUCAGUGUUCGUGUCUCAAAUGAGCUCGGAUCGGGCCGGCCGAGGGCGACGAUGUACGCCGUCAUCGUGGUCGUCGUGCAGUCGCUGGCUAUCGGGCUCCUCGCCAUGGCCAUCAUAUUAGCAUCUCGCGAGCAUUUCGCAGUUAUAUUCACAAAUGACAAGGAACUGCAACGUGCCGUCGCAAAAUUAGCGUACCUUCUUGCAGUUACUAUGGUGCUUAACAGCGUUCAGCCUGUGAUAUCAGGGGUUGCUGUUGGAGGUGGAUGGCAAGGUCUUGUUGCAUAUAUUAACUUGGGUUGCUAUUACAUAUUUGGCCUUCCUCUGGGGUUCAUUUUGGGCUAUGUGCUCCACCUGGGUCCACAGGGAAUUUGGGCCGGAAUGCUUUGCGGAACUGCACUUCAAACCGCGAUUUUGUUGUAUGUAGUUUGGAAAACUGAUUGGAAAGCUGAGGCCGCGCAAGCUUCUGAACGGGUGCGGCUGUGGGGAGGAGAAGGCGAAAGCAAAGCUUCGAAAUCCGACAUAGUCAAUUCAAAUUAGAAUAAUCUGAUUAGAAAAUAGUUUGAAAUUAGACUGGUAGAUUUGUGCUCUUCCUUCUCAGCUUCUUGCCACUAGUUUGAGAGGAUAUAUUUUAUUUCUACCCCACCCCCUAUUUAUUAUAUUUAGUAUUGUACACUCUCUGCCAUUGUAUCAGCAGAAGGGGGAAAAACAAAAGCAAGAAUUAUUGUUGUUUUUAAAAUUUUUGUGGUUAUAUUUUUCUUUUAACUCCCCUCACAUGGUGAACAAAAGGGUGAGUGAAUAAGAUGUUGUCAUUUACAUAUUGGAGCAUAUGAUCAAGAGAGAGUGUUGUUUCUCACA